GCACCGACGUCGGCCUCUGACGCCGUCGUCGCCCCUCGCUGAGUCCCGCCCGGGCUGCUCCCGCGGACCGUUGGGCGGCGGGCCGAAGUCCCUCCCUCAGGACCUCCCCCCACCCCUGAACCGCUCUCGCGGCAGCGACCCAUGUGGGAGUUCAGGCUCCUGCGGUCGCCGCCGCCGCUGCUGCUCCUCCUGCCGCAGCUCAGCCUCGGAAUCGCCGCGUCCCGCUCGCAGGCCGAAACCAUGAACCGGGGCGGCGGCAGCGGUGCGCGGUGCUCCCCCUUGGCGGAGGGGCGCCGGCAGCAGUGCCUGCAGCUGUCCACGGUGCCGGGAGCUGACCCGCAGCGCAGCAACGAGUUGCUCCUGCUGGUGGCGGAGACGGCGGGGGAGGGACCGGAACGGCGGGCCCUCUCUGGGGACCGGGCGAAGGAGGAGCCGCAGUCAGCGCCCCAGCAUCACGUUCUCUAUUUCCCUGGGGAUGUGCAGAAUUACCAUGAAAUUAUGACUCGUCAUCCUGAGAAUUAUCAGUGGGAAAACUGGAGUCUAGAAAAUGUUGCCACCAUUUUAGCUCACCGGUUCCCCAGUAGUUAUAUUUGGGUGAUAAAGUGUUCCCGAAUGCAUUUGCACAAAUUCAGCUGCUAUGACAAUUUUGUGAAAAGUAAUAUGUUUGGUGCUCCAGAACACAAUACUGACUUUGGAGCUUUUAAGCACCUUUAUAUGUUAUUAGUUAAUGCUUUUAACUUAAGUCAGAACAGUUUGUUAUCAAAGAAGAAUGUGAAAGAUUUGAAUAAGGACUCCAAAGCAUCUAAUUGUAGAUCCAGUUCUUCUCACACUACUAAUGGUUGCCAGGGAGAAAAAGAGAGGACCUGUGAAAAAUUUGGUGAGUCCACCAUGAGUUUUUACCCACCAUCACUGAAUGGUGCUUCUUUUACUUUGAUUGGAUUCAGUAAAGGUUGUGUUGUUUUGAAUCAAUUGCUUUUUGAAUUAAAAGAAGCCAAGAAAGACAAGAACAUAGAUGCUUUUAUCAAAAGCAUAAGAACAAUGUACUGGCUGGAUGGCGGUCAUUCUGGAGGAAGCAAUACUUGGGUUACUUAUCCAGAGGUCUUGAAAGAAUUUGCACAAACAGGGAUUAUUGUUCAUACCCAUGUAACACCUUACCAAGUAUGUGAUCCAAUGAGAUCUUGGAUUGGAAAGGAGCACAAGAAAUUUGUUCAGAUUCUUGGAGAUUUUGGUAUGCAGGUGACUAGCCAAAUUCAUUUUGCAAAGGAAGCUCCUUCCAUAGAGAAUCACUUCAGGGUUCAUGAAGUAUUUUGAGACUACAAGAAUAUUAAUGUACUUGUUCAGUGGAAGAGCAGAAGCACUUUGAGUGUUAUAAAUUCAGAUAAUGAGAUAUAAUUCAUAGAUGCAUUGUCAGUUUUGGGGGGGCGGGGGGAGGAAGCACACAUUCCUAAAAUGAGUGUAAUGUGCAAUAGUAUUCCUUGCUUGUGAAUGUGAAGUUUUUACUUUGGAUGGGGUUAGAAUUAGUUCAGUUGAAAAGUAAAAGAUGGUUUGUGAUAAUCCUACAAGGAGAUACAAGACCCUUAAGAAUGAAAGUUAUGAUAUAGUCCUUAUAAAAGGUAAUGAAAAUUGUUAUUGUUGGAAAUAGUUUAUUUUCUGAGUAUUGUUUGGAACUAAUUUUGGUGACACUAACAGUAAUUAGCUGUUUGGCACUCGAAACUCCGUUUCUCUUCAAAUAAAGCAAAGGCACACUGAUGUUUUCCGUAAUUUUGGAAUAACUGUACCUUGCCUCUCAUGUUUUGUAAGUUCAUAGUCAUUCUUUAAUGGGCCACCAAGUGUUUUUUUCUUAAUAGUCAAAAUAUAUUUGUUUCCAAAUUUCCAAGAACAUGCAGUAGUGUGCAGUUGGUUUUUAAAAUCAUUACACUUAAGUACUAUGGCUUAAUUUUUAAUUGAUGACUUUUAGAUAUUUUGGAGUUUCUUGACUCUUGGCCAAAAACCAGAUCUUUUAGAAAAUUGUUUUAAAUUGAACAUAAUUAAGUAUAUUGGGUAAAGAUACGCUACAGAUUUUCAUCAUAUUGGUCUUUUGAAAGAGAUCAACUUAGGUGAAAUAAAUGUGUAACACUCUAUUUGUUACUACUCUAUUGAAAAGGAGACAGAUUCUAUAGAUCUAAGUCAGUGUUUCUCCAGAAGCAUGAUUUUGUCUGCCAAAAGAAAGCAGCUCUCUUUGGCCAAAAUGCAAAAUUAUAUUGCUAUAAGAAAAGUUACAGGGAAAGUUUGAAGACACAAAUGAUUUAAUUUUGGCUCAAAAACUGAAUUUGCUUAACACUGCUACAUAAUUUGGGUGAGGUUUCCUUCUGCUUGUUUUUCUUGACCUAGAUAAAUACAUUUUGAGAAACCAAGAUCUAAUGAAUGUCAACCAACAUUGAUAGCUGUGUGAUUACAAUAAAAGGUGAAGUCACUUUUUUAUUGUUUAUUAAUAAUUAGCUUUUGCAGGUCAUGAAAUAAUUAAGCAGGGAAGUAACAUUGCUGCUUUCAGACUGAAAAAAAAAAAAGAAGACACUGAAGCUUAAUAUCUUAAUAACCCAGAGGACCUAAAUUUAUAAAAUAUAGAAUUAAAAUGUUAAUCUCUUGGUUUCUUCCCAGAAUUACAUUUUAAUGACUUUAUAAUACAUUCCACAUAUUCAGACUUACAGGAAUUCUUACUCACAAAAUGCUUAAAAAUAACAUCCCUUAAUUCUAUAAAGUACAGAAGAGUAUCUCUCAUUUUUAAGGACAAGUUAGUUUAUAUUGCUUCAGUUUCUUUAAAUACCUGUUUCUUUUGAGACCAAAAAUUCGCAACAAGGAGACAAGUUCUGAUUCUAGCAUUUUAUUACCUAAUCUUGAAGUAUUAUGAUUGGAUGGCUUCUUUCAAUGUUUAAUAAUCCUUGGUUAAAUUCAUGUGUAUCUAAUGUUAAGUAGUGAAGGUAGUGAAUGCACUAAUGAGGGGGGAAGGAAAGGCACUUAUUUUUACAAGAUUAACUAAAAUGGAAAAAGGACUUUUUGCGGAAGGAUUCAUUUAAAAAAUGAGAUAUUUAAAAAUCUGGGUUCUUUAUCUAGUCAUGUGACUGCUUACCUUGUAAUUGUUGUAUGUUCAAUGUAUAUUAAAAAUAACUCAUGGGACACCUGGGAACUGCCACUGCAGCAAAGUGAGAGUGUUGAAAGUAGAAAUAUUUUCUUGAAUGAAAAUAUAUUCCAGUUGAUCCAUAUUCAAAUAGUUUAAGACUUCAAAUUUGUCUUCUUUACAUUUGUUUAAGACUAUUGUAAAUGUUAGUAUAUCCUUUUGGACUGUGCCUUUGUGUUUGUCAUGAGAGUCAACUGAGAAGUCAUACAGAUAAUGUGAAAGUUGUUACCACCACAGCAUGAAUGUACAAUUGUAUUAAAUUUAAUCCAGAGAA